UACGCGGUAUAUAUACAGUUCGUCUGACGUCAGCGUUCUCUUCCCUGCCUAGGCCCUCGUGUGGUGGGCAGUGUAAUAUUUGCUGUCGGCGUUUUCUCCACCGAGCGAAUCCAAAACCAUCCGCCAAAAUGGUGAACUUUACAAUCGACCAGAUCCGUGCCAUCAUGGACAAGAAGGCCAACAUCCGUAACAUGUCCGUGAUCGCGCACGUCGAUCACGGCAAGUCCACCCUGACGGACUCCCUCGUGUCGAAGGCUGGUAUCAUCGCCUCGGCCCGUGCUGGGGAGACCCGUUUCACCGACACGCGGAAGGACGAACAGGAACGUUGCAUUACCAUCAAGUCCACCGCCAUCUCCAUGUUCUACGAGUUGAGUGAUAAUGACCUGGCCUUCAUCAAGCAGUCCAAGGAUGGUUCCGGCUUUUUGAUCAACCUCAUCGACUCUCCCGGACACGUCGACUUCUCCUCUGAAGUGACGGCUGCUCUGCGUGUCACUGAUGGGGCCCUGGUGGUCGUUGACUGCGUUUCUGGCGUGUGCGUCCAAACGGAAACGGUGCUCCGUCAGGCUAUCUGUGAGCGCAUCAAGCCUGUCCUGAUGAUGAACAAAAUGGACCGUGCCUUGUUGGAGCUGCAGCUCGACCCCGAUGACCUGUACAGCACUUUCCAGCGUAUCGUCGAGAACGUCAAUGUCAUCAUUUCCACUUAUGGUGAAGAGGAUGGACCCAUGGGUAAUAUCCAGGUUGAUCCAGUCAUCGGCACCGUUGGCUUUGGCUCUGGCCUCCACGGCUGGGCAUUCACUCUCAAGCAAUUUGCUGAGAUGUAUGCAGCCAAGUUUGCUGCCAAGGGCAAAACGGAGAUGACACCUGCUGAGCACUCCAAGAAGGUGGAAGACAUGAUGAAGAAGCUGUGGGGUGACAGGUAUUUUGACCCAGCAACUGGAAAAUUUUCCAAGUCACCAGCUACAGCGGACGGAAAGAGGAUCCCUCGCAGCUUCGUUCAUCUUAUCCUUGAUCCCAUCUUCAAGAUAUUUGAUGCCAUCAUGAACUUCAAGAAGGAGGAGACUAGCAAGCUGAUCCAGAAGCUGGAUAUCAAGUUGGACACUGAAGACAAGGAUAAAGAGGGCAAGCCCCUGCUGAAGGCCGUGAUGCGUCGUUGGCUGCCAGCUGGAGAGGCCCUCCUUCAGAUGAUCGCCAUCCACCUGCCAUCCCCCGUCACUGCCCAGAAGUACCGUUGCGAGCUGCUUUACGAAGGACCCGAUGAAGAUGAGGCUGCCAUGGGUAUCAAGAAUUGUGACUCAAAGGCUCCUCUGAUGAUGUACAUCUCUAAGAUGGUACCCACCAGCGACAAGGGACGCUUCUAUGCCUUUGGCCGUGUCUUCUCUGGAACCGUUUCUACCGGUCUUAAAGUACGUAUCAUGGGGCCCAACUACACACCUGGAAAGAAAGAGGAUCUCUACUUGAAACCGAUCCAGAGGACCAUUCUGAUGAUGGGUCGCUACACGGAGCCCAUUGAAGACGUGCCCUGUGGCAACAUUGUGGGUCUGGUCGGUGUGGAUCAGUUCCUGGUCAAGACUGGAACCAUCACCACCUUUGAGCAGGCACACAACAUGAAAGUGAUGAAGUUCAGCGUCAGCCCGGUGGUGAGAGUCGCCGUGGAAGCCAAAAAUCCGGCUGAUCUCCCCAAGCUGGUGGAGGGCUUAAAGCGUCUGUCCAAGUCUGAUCCCAUGGUGCAGUGCAUCAUUGAGGAGUCUGGAGAGCACAUUGUUGCGGGUGCCGGGGAGCUCCAUUUGGAGAUCUGCCUCAAAGAUCUUGAGGAGGACCAUGCUUGCAUCCCACUCAAGAAAUCUGAGCCCGUAGUGUCCUACAGGGAGACCGUCAGCGCAGAGUCCUCGGUCACAUGUCUGUCCAAGUCCCCAAACAAGCACAACCGUCUGUUCAUGAGGGCGCGGCCUUUAGAGGACGGUUUGGCCGAGGACAUUGAGAAGGGAGAAGUCACCGCUCGUCAGGAGAUGAAGGCCCGUGCUCGCUACCUUGCAGACAAGUACGAGUGGGAAGCCACAGAUUGCAAGAAGAUCUGGUGCUUUGGACCUGACGGAACUGGCCCUAACCUGCUGGUGGAUGUGACCAAGGGUGUGCAGUACCUCAAUGAGAUAAAGGACAGCGUUGUCGCGGGCUUUCAGUGGGCUGUCAAGGAGGGUGUCCUCUGUGAAGAGAACAUGCGUGCGGUUCGCUUUGAUAUCCAUGAUGUCACCCUGCAUACAGAUGCUAUCCACCGCGGUGGUGGCCAGAUUAUGCCCACCACUCGCAGAGUUCUGUACGCCUGCGAGCUCACAGCUGAGCCUAGACUGAUGGAGCCUGUCUAUUUGGUGGAAAUCCAGUGUCCCGAGGUUGCGAUGGGUGGAAUCUAUGGGGUGUUGACCAAGAGGCGUGGUCACGUGUUCGAGGAGGCCAGAGUUCUGGGUACACCCAUGUUUGUCAUCAAGGCCUACCUGCCUGUCAUGGAGUCCUUUGGUUUUACAGCUGACCUUCGUUCCAAUACCGGUGGUCAGGCCUUCCCCCAGUGCGUCUUUGACCAUUGGCAGAUCCUCCCUGGAAACCCAUUGGAACCUGCUUCCAAGCCUGGUGUUGUGGUCACUGAAACGCGUAAACGCAAGGGUCUCAAAGAAGGUGUCCCAGCCUUGGACAACUACCUGGACAAAUUGUAAAAGCCUGGACCACUAUUUGCUUAUUGCCUCAUUCCUCCCCACACUUGUAAUCUGCACUGUGGGACCGGACUGUACAGAACACAGUGAGCACCAAGGUUUGCCAAAAGGAUUGACAAUAUAAAUGAUAAACCUAACAAAAAAUUGUAAACGAAUAAAAGGAAAUAAAACCCA